CCUCCCGUCUGCAGGUAUUGACACUUCGGAGCCAGACGCUGUCGUCAUUGGACUCGCUCCUGACCAUUUCAACUACCAAAGUCUCAAUAAGGCUUUCAGAAUGAUUUUGGAUGGAGCUCCUCUUAUUGCCAUUCAUAAGGCUCGUUACUACAAACGUAAGGACGGCUUGGCCCUUGGCCCCGGACCCUUUGUGACAGGCUUGGAGUAUGCCACAGACUGCAAAGCUACAGUGGUGGGAAAACCCGAAAAGACGUUUUUCACACAGGCCUUGUCUGAUUUAGGAUGCAGCCCCAGUGAAGCCGUCAUGAUAGGAGAUGAUGCCAGAGACGAUGUAGGUGGGGCUCAGAAUGCAGGAAUGCUGGGUAUUCUUGUUAAAACAGGUAAAUACAGAGAGGGAGAUGAAAGGAAAAUUGAGCCACCUCCUUACCUGACAUGCAACAGUUUCCCUGAUGCUGUCGAACACAUCCUGCAGAAUCUGCUAUGAGCUUCAAUCGAGAAUGAAACUUUUUGCACUUUCAAGCUGUUUAAACAUUGUAAAUGUAAGCGUAUGCRCUGUGAAAAACAUCUUGUGAAACAAAAAUGUUGGCUCUGAAAAGCAAUAUUCAGAUGUUUAAGAAGGUUCAAAUUUA